UAACCAGUUUGCGAUCAAGCGCCGCGGAGCGAUUACGAACCUAAGUGUGUUUUUACGUUAUAAUUGUGUAUGUAGAGUAAAAUGGAAAUACUUAUAUGGAUUUAUGUGUGUGUUGUCGCGGUUGUAUUGCAAUCAUUUCAAGCUCAAAGCCAAGUUACAUACGCAUCAGUCCCGAAGUCCUUCACACACGACAAAGUUAUAGUGUGCUAUCUAACACGAUGGGCAGCAUACCGAGAGGGGGAUGGCAAGUUUGACAUCUUCGACACAGAGCCGUCCCUCUGCACUCAUCUCAUCUACGCCUUCGUCGGUCUGGACGAGAACUCGAACAAGAUCAGGAGUAUUGAUCCUUGGCAAGAUUUAGAAGUAAAUUAUGGGCUAGGUGGCUUGAAACAUGCAGUGGAGUUAAAGAAGAAGAAUCCAUAUAUGAAGGUAUCAGUUGGCAUAGGAGGUUGGAACGAAGGGUCCAUCAAAUAUUCCAAUAUGGUUGCCGAUCCGAAAAGGAGAAAAAUUUUUGUUACGAGUGUUGUUAAUUUUCUGGAAGUCCACAAAUUGGACGGUUUGGAUAUUUUUUGGGAUUGCCCGACGCAAAGGGGUGGAAAACCGGACGAUAGAAAAAAUUUACUGCUACUAGUUAAAGAAUUAAAUGAAGCCUUCGAACCGAACCGCAAGCUUCUAACAGCCACUUUGAGAACUGGAUACAUGGAUAGCAAGAUGAAUGAUCUGUACGAUCUCGUUCAGUUGAACUUCUACUUGGAUUAUAUGCAUAUCAUGGCGUAUGACUACCAUGGGGCGUGGGAAGGGUUCGUUGGAGCUAACGCGCCUUUACGAGGAAUGGAUGAUAAUGAUAUAUUAAAUAUCGAAUACACCGUCAAAUACCUUUUAUCUUUUGGUAUAACAACAAACAAAUUGGUGCUGGGGUUGCCUAUGUUUGGAAGGACUUUCACUUUCAACACGCGUGUUGUCAAUGAGGUGGAAUUUUUAAAAACACCGACUACAACUACAGGGUUCGCCGGACGGUUCUCUAAAGAAAAUGGAUUCAUUGGUUAUAAUGAGAUCUGCCUGCAACUAAUGAACAAGACGUCUGAAUGGGAGCAAUUCUGGCACAACCAGACUGUCACGCCGUACCUGCGGGAUGACACUCGCUUUAUCAGCUAUGACAACACGCGCUCUUUUGCCAACAAAGUGAAGUACGUCAUAGACAGUGGCUUCGGCGGUGUCUUUGUAUACAGUAUAGCGACAGAUGACUUCAGAGGCAGCUGUGACGAGGAGGUGGACACGUAUAUCGACUUCAUUGAACGAUUCAAUAAAAUCGCUAAUGUUCCUAUUUUGAAAACGGCUUUGGAAAACUUUAAUACGUAUGAAAUCCAGACCGAAUACUACAGUAUCUCUAACGGAAAGCCCCGCCUUAAACUACCAAGUCCACAGUUUGGAAACUACCCUCUGUUGAGAACAGUGAACGAAGCAAUUACCUUAUCCCUAGAAGAAAUAAAAGUUAACAACGAAAUCGAACGGAUUUUAGACGAAAGAGCAAAGCUUGUAGAGAAGGGCAGUGUUCCGUGUUUUAGGACGUGCAAUGAAAUAUGCUUUUACGGCUUCUGAUUUUUAUUAAAAGUGUACUCGUUGUUAAUUUCUUUUUAAAACAAUAAAUAUAUUAAUUAUUUUAA